AUGAAAAAGUUCCUUCAUGACUACACUGUCAAUCCCAACACAUUCAGCUUUAGGCUGGGCAAACAGCCAUAUGAAGGGUCAUUUAUGAGACAGGUCUUGAAAGCAAGUGGCCAUGACGCAUGGAACGAAAGAGAAAAUGAACAACUCUUCAUAAAACAUCCAACUACAACUUUCAACAGGCAAUCAAGGAAUCCGAAGAGGCCGAAAGGAGUCAAAAUGCUAGCAAGUGACUUUAUCGAAGACUCAUUGUACAACCGCCAUUAUGGCUACUUUUCUAAACAAGUUGAAAUCUUUCAGCCUUCAACGCCAUUCGAGUACGCCAAAAUGGAGUCGCAAGACCAAUUCAUGAAAGAUUGGCAAAGCCAAUACACUAGGUACGAGGACAAGAAAACAAAUUCCGACCCAAAGAAUCCAAAGGAUCAAAAAACGAACGCAAAAGACAUACAACUCUGGCACACGCCGACGGAGCUAUUUCAACCUUUCUAUGGCGAAGCACUGGCUAGAUAUUUGUUGGUCAAUUACAUGCUGAACCAGUAUCCGUACAACGAUCUUGUAAUAUACGAAAUGGGUGGUGGUAAUGGUACGCUUAUGUUGAACAUCCUCAACUAUAUAAGGGAGAAACAACCUGACGUCUACGAGAGAACCCAGUACAAAAUCAUUGAAAUCUCCCAUAAUCUGUCCACUAAACAAGAGGAAACUGCAUUACAAUUGAAAGCCAAAGACCAUGAUCAUCAUGGGAAAGUUCAGAUCAUUAACAAAUCCAUCUUUGAUUGGAAGGAAGUGGAGCCUAAUCCAUGUUUCUUUAUAGCAUUAGAGGUUUUCGAUAACUUUGCACAUGAUGUUAUUCGAUAUGACAACACCACCAGGGAGCCUUAUCAAGGGUAUGUAGUGAUUGAUGAACAUGGUGACUUCAAGGAAUUUUUCACCAAAGAUCUGGAUGAUUGGGCCAAUGCAUUCUUAGGGCUAAGAGAAAAUGGAAAAUACCCACGACUUAAUCAAAAGAGUUUGUGGGGAGAACAUCCUUUGGCCAAAAAUGCCUUUUAUCGAGGUUUCAAAGACUCUAUCUACCCAGUGCGUGCAAACUUAAGCGAUCCAGAAUACAUCCCCACGAGACUUUUGAAAUUCUUCCACAUUCUCAAGUAUAAGUUUCCCCAACAUCAGCUAUUAGCGUCCGAUUUUUCCAAACUCAACGAAACUAUUCCAGGCUACAUGGCUCCUGUUGUGCAGACAAUGCUAAACAACAGAAUGGUCACGACCGACUCAUACAUGGUUCUGCAAGGUUACUUUGAUAUCAUGUUCCCUACCGAUUUCCAGUUGGCCUCCGAUCUGUAUCGGCAAGUUGUUGGAAAAUUAGCCGAUGUCUCAUCGCAUCGAGAGUUUUUAAGCCAAUGGGCAGAUAUCCGGGCUACAACGACUCAAACUGGAGAGAAUCCCAUGUUAGAGUUUUACAAAAACGCAGACUUCAUGUAUAGCUAA